AUGUCACUUGGUCCUGACGUGUCCUGGCUUGCGCAAUGUGCGGCGGUGGCUGACAAGAAGCGCGGUUGGCAGGACCUGUACCACCAGUCGUACCAACGCGUCGGCGUAGUCUUCGCUUCUAUCACCAACUACCAUGAGUUCUACAUGGAGCUCGAUGGCAAUAACCAGGGCAUGGAGUGCUUGCGUCUACUUAACGAGAUCAUCGCCGAUUUUGAUGAGCUAUUAGGGGAAGAUCGUUUUAGUCCAAUAGACAAAAUAAAAACUGUUGGAUCGACAUAUAUGGCAGCUGUAGGGCUUAUACCGGACAAGAAGAUGACGGACGAUCCGAGCACCAAAAAGCAUAUGGCGACCCUAGUUGAGUUCGUUUUUGCGAUGAGAGAUAAACUCAAGGAUAUUAAUGACAACUCUUACAAUAAUUUUAUGCUACGUGUUGGUAUAAACGUCGGCCCAGUAGUUGCUGGUGUCAUCGGAGCACGGAAACCACAAUAUGACAUUUGGGGUAACACAGUUAACGUAGCUUCGCGAAUGGAUUCCACAGGCCUGCCUAAUCACACUCAAGUUACCGAAGAAGUUUAUCAAGUUUUAAAGGACAUGCCCUAUCAAUUUGUCUGUCGGGGGAAAGUGAAAGUUAAAGGGAAAGGCGAAAUGACAACAUACUUUUUAACGGACCGAGGACCAGACAACAAUAGUAGUCAAAAUUCUUCAAACAGUCUACCACAAAAUCCACCGACUGCUUAUGGUGGAGUGGCAACACCGCUUGCAAUGCUUCAGAACUCCGCGCGAAGAGCGGCGGCUCAACCGUCGAGACUACCUCCUCUGAGAGAAGCAUCAGUGGCAGGUGAAAACGAGCCUCUACUUCCUUCUAAUGGACACCAAAGUAAUGGAAAUAAUCAUAAAGGAAUUAAGGGCCGUUGGAAUAAAGAGCAAGAUGAUACGCCACCUCCGCCUCCACCGCAUGGUAUAUCGGGUAAUCCUCGAUGGCCGCCACCGCGGGCUUUAGUUCCACCUUGGCCACGUCCUCAAGAAUCUCGGCCGCCAGUCGUACAGAAAAGAAGGCCACCUACUAAACUACCAAGACCAAGGUCGAGUGAAAGCUUGCCAUUAGCUCGAAGCCCUCGUGUUCAUUCUUCAGCGGAUGAACUCAGUUCGCUUACUAGGUCACCAAGUCUUAGUUCUUCAUCUGAUGAAAGUUAUUCUCGUACUACUGACGCUUCUCCAUCACCUCCACGACCUGCUCCUUGGCUUCCACCCGCUAGACAUCAACGAAACGGAACAAAUUCAGCAUACGAUUAUCCUGUUGUCCGAGCCAAUAAACCAACUAAUGUUUUAAAGGAAAUUUAUGCGAAACAUAAAGUUUCUAACAAACCUGUCCUAGAAGAUAAAAUUCUUGAUGACAUCAGUUACCAGAAGGAGGAAGAAAAGUUGCAUAGAAGUAUAUUAAACAUGAUUCAAACAUCUGCAAAACGAGAUGGUUGCAGCCAAACUGAUAAGAAAGAUGUGUCGAAUCGUCUGGCUCCGAGAACUAACUCGUUUUCUAGUUCUGGAAGCCGGCCAAACAACUUAAAACAUUUAAACCAUGACAAUAGAGAUGUUUUCAGUAAGCGAAGUCCCUCGGAUGUAGCCUGUGUGCCGCCAUUUGAGAGAGAAAUACAAAGGCUGCUAGACGACAAGAAUAUUAUAAAAAAUAAUCCAGUUAAAAACGAGAGAAUGGACUUGAACCUUGAGUUAAGCAGGAGUCAGAACCCUUCACUGGAGGCGGUACUCGCCACUAACAACAACAGCAGCCCGCUGCACGCGGUCGGGCUGGCGGCCAUCGCGCAGCUGGCGCGGCGCGAGCCCAGCCCAGCACCCGCACAGUUCCCCGGCGUGCUGCCCACCGACGUGGUGGUGCGCCUGCCCGAGCCCGAGCUACGCGAUCUCAACGCCAGUGAGAACUCCGAAAGAAAGUUAGAUAGUACAACCAAAGAAAAACAAGAAAACGAAAUUCAGGAAAGACUUCACAACCGGGUAGCCAUUUCGAAUCACAGGGAAAUGGCUCUCUACGGGGAAAGUCAGUCCGAAUGGAGCUCGUCGUGUUCAGAAGGUGAGGGGGAGGGGGAGUGCGGGCAGCCUGAGAGCACAGGCUACACGACUGAUGACCCCGCGUUGGAAAACGUGUCCAUGUUAAAUGAAGCGGGACUAACCGAUGCAGAGGCAGCCCUCAGUGACGUCAAUUCGUGCUACUUCGAUCGCGAUGACGACGUUUCUUCCCGCGCCUCCUCUCGUCUUAUGGACUCGGAAGCACUGGUGUCCCUCGAAAGUCUCAGUGCAAUUUACGACUCCGACGAGCCGGCUCAUAGGUACUUAGCAAACAUACGCACUGUCAGUGAGUCUAUAACGAGGAACUUCGGCCAGCCAGCACAUGUUACCGACGGCGAAAGUGACGUUUAG